UCCUUCUUCUGUGUUGUAAGUGGAGAGCCAGCAAGAUGGGACCUCAGAGGACCAUCUCAACACUCUUGGUCUGGAUGCUGCUGGAAGCCACGAGAGCCCAAUGGGCCCCUGCAAACUCUGUGACCUACAAUUGCAACAGAACUGGUGUCCACCUGGCUGUCAAAAUGGACUUGUGGGGCAGCGGCCUCAAGCUAGACCCAGAGUUUCUAUACCUGGGCAUCUGCCCUUCUUCACACGUGAACGACGCCUUGGGUUUCUUCCAUUUCCAGUAUUCGUUCAAGGAAUGUCGCUUCGCCCGACUGACAUCCGGCCUUAUGAUCGAGCACACAACCUACCUGGUGUACAGGCCAGUAUCCAGCCGUGACAGCCCCUUCACUGAGAGGAUUAAUUGUACAACCUAUGAGACACAACGCCCGACUCCUGCCCAAGUCACAGGAUCUGGCCUUCUUUCUGUUUCCAGUGGACUGAUGUUCCAAGGGACAUUUAUGAAUGAAGACUUCAGUGGCCCUUCCGAUCUGUCGGUCUUUCUCUUGGGAUCACAAAUCCAUAUCGAAUUUGCAGUCCAACAAUUCUUCCAUCAACCACUGCGGCUCUUUGUCGACGAAUGCAUCGCCAUUGAUGCGGCCGAGCUGAGCAGCUCUUUCAGAAAUUACACGGUUGUUGCAAACCAUGGGUGCCUCCUGGACAGCAAGUUUGCGAACUCGCGAUUCCUCCCUCGACCCGCUCCGGACGUGCUUCGUCUUUCUCUGCAGGCCUUUGAAUUUGCGGGAAUGAACACCGACAUUUACCUGCAUUGCCACGUCCUCGUCUGGGACCCAGCAGUGGUGACCAAUCCCACCAGGAAGGCUUGUUCCUUUAACAGGGAUACAAACAGUUGGAAAGUUCUGGAUGGGACGGCCAAUGAGGUCUGCAAAUGCUGUGACUCGGUGUGUGAAACCGCUGGCUCUCGACACAAGAGAGAUGUAAAAGCCACUCAGUUUUUGGCCCAAGGAAAUGGCGGAUUCUCCUCCUCCCCGGUCACGGCUCCCAACUCUCUGCCGAAGACCACGCAGGAAAUGAGCUUCUUCCAAAAAAUCUACCACGCUGCGAGGGGACUGAUGUGGCGGGACUCCCACGGUGCCACGAAACCUACCGCAAAUGGCUUGCCGAUUCUCCCAAGUCCCAACUCCAGGAAACCGAUGGAAAGCCAAUUCUUGCAAACCACUGAAUUCCACACCAACCUGACUUUCACCCUAAGAGCCCUGAGUGAGGAUUUUAGCGUUGAAGCUGUUCCAGAGAUCCACCCGGAAGGUGCUGUGAUCCACGUGGAAGCCAGCAUUCAAGCGAGCCCAGGCCUGUUCCCCAAACUCUUUAUUGAGGAAUGCUACGGAGCCGAUGCCCCGCACCGCAGCCAUGCCAGAAGGAUCGACAUCAUUGUGAACAACCACGGGUGUCUGCAUGCUGGGCACCCCGAAGUAACCUGGUUUCGUAAAACGGACUCUUCCAUCCUGUUCAAGCUGCCUGCUUUCCUGUUGACGGGGGAUUCGGAAGAGGUAGGGAUUGGUGGGGAAUGGUUUCCAGGUGAAGGGAUAUCACACCGAGAACUCCUUGGUCCACUCAAAGUCCAGAAAGAAGACGUCUCAUGGCUGGAAGGGAGAUGCCAGACCAUGAAGAGGAUGGUACUGAUUUCGGUGGCCUUUGUCUGCAGCUGCAUCUUGGCUGCCUUCUUUGUCGGAGUCCUCGUGGCUUUGAUCCUGGCCGUGCUACGUUAUUCCGGCUUGGCGGUAAUGCCCAGGCGCCUGAGAAUCCGGAAGGAGCAGCCUUUCCACACGGAGCUGCAGACGAUGGUAGGCGCCCGCAUAGAAACCGAAGACAUCGAGAAGGAGUCCACCAUGGAUUACUGCAAGCUCAAGAGCGAAGCGCCAGAGAAAGAAUAA